UUAUUUUACAAAAAGUAAUUAUCAGAAAUGAGUGAAGUGUUGUAAUACAAAGUUAAAUGAUCCACGUACGUUUAAUACGUAGCUCGUACGCAAGCGUAAGUAACCAGCCACUCUGCUGCCAUUUGAGGGGGGAAAUAUUUUCGACAGCCUUCUGACGUUUACGGCUUGCGUGUCACACCACAUACACACAGCGUGCUGAAAUUUCGUACGAUAUGGGUAACCAAUCCGUCCGGCGUACAGGACUCUGGAAAGUGCAGAUUCACAGCGGUCGCUCUGGCGACCCGACACUCGAUACCCAUUUGAAUUUUUUCGCAGUCACUCGCAUGUUUAUGGACAGUGGAAAAUGAUACUGGAUUUAUAAGUGGGAAUUUGACAAACUUGUUAUGCGAAUUUUCCUGCGGAUUGUGAGGAAUUUUGUUCUGUCUGCUUCUCCCUACAUUCCACGCCGAUCGAUUACAAUGGUGAACACAGCGGCGCCACCGAACCCUAUCAAAAGAGUCAUCGAAAACAUCCCUAAAUCCCCGCAGGAUAAUCGCGCUUACCGCGGUAUAAUCCUAGCCAAUGAUCUGAAAGCCAUCGUUAUCUCCGAUCCAGCUGCGGAAAAAGCUGCAGCUGCUUUGGAUGUCAACAUUGGAUGUAUGUGCGACCCAUGGAAACUUCAAGGUUUGGCCCACUUUUUGGAACAUAUGCUUUUUAUGGGAACAAAGAAGUUUCCGGAAGAAAAUGCAUUUGAAAAGUACGUUUCGGAGCACGGCGGGCAGUAUAAUGCUUACACGUGUGAGGAGCAUACUAAUUAUCACUUUGACGUGGCUGCCGAUUAUCUGGAGACGAGCUUGGAUCGGUUUGCGCAGUUUUUCAUAUCUCCUCUCCUUACCGAAUCCGGCACCGAACGAGAAGUGAACGCUGUGAACUCUGAGCACGAAAACAAUCUCACCAGCGAUAGCCGUCGUUUGGACCAUCUUAGCCGUGUUACGGGAGAUCCAAAACAUGACUUUAAUAAAUUUGGAACCGGAAAUAAGGACACGUUAUGGUUCAAUCCGCAAAAAGAAGGAGUGGCUGUUCGAGAAGAAUUGUUGAAAUUCCACCAGGCUUAUUACUCAUCCAACAUAAUGUCGUUGGUGGUUGUUGGAAAAGAAAGUCUGGACAUUUUGACCGAUAUGGUUGUGAAUAUGUUCAGCGAAGUUCCCAACAAGAACGUUACUGUGCCUCAUUGGGAGCGCCCUCCUUUCGCGCCGGAACAGUUGCAAACUCAGCUGAAAAUGGUUCCAGUAAAGGAUGUGCGUUCGCUGAAUAUUGUCUGGCCCACUCCGGAUUUUCACCCCUUUUAUAAAACAAAACCUGGCCAUUAUAUCGGCGGUCUGGUCGGCCACGAAGGUCCCGGAAGCUUGCUGUCCGCCUUGAAACUGAAGGGUUGGUCCAAUACUUUACACGCUGGAGAAGACGAUGGAGCGAAUGGAUUUCAGUUCUUCAUGCUCGGUGUUGACUUGACAGAAGAUGGUCUAGCCCACACGGAUGAAAUCAUUAAGAUGGUGUAUGAAUAUCUUAAUAUGCUUCGUGCCGCUGGACCCCAGGAGAGGAUCUGGGCGGAGGAGCAGCAGAUCCAGGAGAUUAAAUUUCGAUUCCGUGAUAAGGAAAAACCUCUGGGAUAUGCCCGAGCUUUGGCUGCGGGAAUGCAGAAAUACCCCAUAGAAGAAGUGAUAACUGGUCCGGUACUGGUGUCAGAGUAUCGUCCCGAAGUGAUAACUGAUCUUCUUAAAUACCUUGUUCCGGAGAAUAUGAGGGUGGCCAUUCUAUCUCAGCAGUUUAAGGAGAUUGCUGGUGAAAAAGAACCGAUUUACGGUAUCGAUUACUGUUUGGAGAAGAUCUCUAAGGAAAAAAUCGAAACGUGGCGCAACGUCGCUGUCACGGACGAGAUAGCACUGCCUCCGCCGAACGAUUUCAUUCCGCAGCAUUUCGAUAUUUUGCCACCUCCUACCGCGAUUCACCGGUUGCCUUUGCUUAUACGAAAAACAGAUAUGUCUCGUUUGUGGUACCUCCAGGAUAUCGAGCAUAAACUCCCGAAAGCCUGUGCCUUCUUUGAACUGUGCAGUCCCGCUGUAUAUAAAGAUCCUCUCCAUGCCAAUCUGACGCAUGUCUAUGUUGAGCUAUUCAAGGAUCAUAUUAACGAAAUGGUGUACAUGGCGGAACUGGCCGGGAUGAAAUAUACUGUUGAACAGUCAAAAUACGGUUUGACGCCUUCCUUGCAGCUACUUGUACGCGGUUACGAUGAUAAAAUUGACGUGCUGCUGAACAUGCUGGUGGAGAAACUUAUGCAUUUUAAACCCGAUCCCAAGCGAUUUGAAGUUCUUAAAGAAGUGUACGGUCGCCAGUUGAAGAACUUCUUUGCCAGCGAGCCGAAUCGCCAGAGCAUGUGGUAUUUCAACGUCCUGAUGAGUGAAUUAUGUUUCACAAAAGAGGAGUUAAUGGGGGCUAUGGAUGCACUGACCUUUGAUACAGUAGUGGAGUUAGGCCCGAAAUUAUUUGCGGAAACUUAUGUGGAAGGCUUUGUAUAUGGUAAUGUCAGUCGGAAGAAAGCGGAACUCAUGAUGGAUCAAGUGGAAACUGCCCUGCGCAGCAUUGCUACGAAAACGCCCGAUGCGCAUAAUCGUUUGCGAUUAGUGCAGCUGCGAGAAGGGUCCAGUUUGGUGUAUCAUCGCGAGAACGAUGUGCACAAAAGCUCUUGUGUGACCAAUUAUUAUCAGACAGCAUGUGAAGAUUCACGGAUGAAUAUGUUACUGGAGCUGUUCGAGCAGAUCAUCAAUGAGCCGUGCUUUGAUAUUUUGCGAACGAAGGAACAAUUAGGAUACAUUGUCUUCAGUUCGGUGAAAAAUGUUAGCGGAGUUCUGGGUCUACAGAUUUUGGUGCAAUCUGACCGAAAUCCAUCUCACUGUGAUCAACGCAUCGAAAGCUUUUUGCAAGAAAUGGAGAAAUUUUUGGAAAAUCUCACGGAAAACGAAUUCCAAACGCACAUAGAAGCUCUGGCCGUGAAGCGCCUGGAGAAGCCGAAAACAAUUAUGCAACAAGCUAGCAAAUACUGGAAUGAGAUCUAUGUACGUCAGUACAAUUUUGAUCGGGAUAAUCUGGAAGUGGCCAUACUGCGGACAUUAACGAAAACCGAUCUCUUAAAUUUUGUAAAGGACUAUUUAUUGCAAAACGGUUCUCAGAGGAAGAAGCUGUCCAUUCACAUUACUUCCACCGUUCCCGCCAAGAAUGCACGCAAAAAGCGCAGCGCUGAUGGUGAUGAAGUCAAAGAAGACAAGCCGACCGUAGAUCCUGCACCAGUUACUUUGACAGCAGAUAAAGUGGACAGUCCCCAGACUCUGAAGUCAAAAAUGGGCUUAGCGCCGCUUCCCCCUAAAUAUACUGAUGUGGAUACGGUUGUUACCGGCUACUAAAAUGUUCGAACUUUUAAUUGUCUCUUCUACGAUCAACUUGGCUGCAUUACGUUAUACGUUGAGCCACCCAAUCUACCUGAAAUGCAACGCGGCUAUUCUCUCGUUAUAUCUUGUGUUAAAACCCGGCAUAAUUUUGUGUAGCGGGCAUAAGUGAGCCCGAUUUUUAGUUGACGAUUGCAGAACUUAUUGCGCUAUUUUAUUUAUAUUAAAGUUUCCGAGGUUUAA